GGGAUAUCUUGACAACAUAACAGCAAUUGGGCCCAGAACAGUUGGAAGUCCAGAAAAUGAAGUUCUUGCAGUUAACUACCUCUUAGAACAAAUCAGGGCAAUAGAAAGAGAAAGCACAGAGGCUCACAAGAUAUCUGUAGACGUACAGAGGCCCACAGGGUCCUUCCACCUUAACUUUGUAGGAGGCUUUACUAGUUACUAUGCAAACAUAACCAAUGUUGUAGUGAAGCUGGAACCCCGAAAUGGAGCUGAGAAUGCAGUGUUAUCCAAUUGUCACUUUGAUUCCGUACCAAAUAGCCCGGGUGCCAGCGAUGAUGCUGUUAGCUGUGCAGUGAUGCUUGAAAUACUUAACACACUUUCAAAAUCAUCAGAGCCCCUGCAGCAUGCUGUCAUAUUCUUAUUUAAUGGUGCAGAAGAAAAUAUUUUGCAGGCUAGUCAUGGCUUCAUUACACAACAUGAGUGGGCCAAGUCAAUUAGAGCUUUUAUUAACCUGGAGGCAGCAGGUGUAGGAGGAAAAGAACUUGUUUUUCAAACAGGACCUGAGAAUCCUUGGUUGGUAGAAGCAUAUGUAACUGCAGCCAAACAUCCCUUUGCCUCUGUGGUGGCACAGGAAGUAUUUCAGAGUGGUAUUAUCCCAGCAGAUACAGACUUCCGUAUCUACAGGGACUUUGGCAAUGUUCCAGGAAUAGAUUUGGCUUUUAUUGAAAAUGGCUACAUUUAUCAUACAAAAUAUGACACAUCAGACAGAAUUUUAACAGAUUCCAUUCAGAGAGCAGGAGACAAUAUUCUAUCUGUUCUGAAAUACCUAGCAACAUCAGACAAGUUGGCUAAAUCCUUUGAGUAUCGACAUGGAAAUGUUGUGUUCUUUGAUGUACUUGGUUUAUUUGUUGUGGCUUAUCCUGCUCGUGUUGGCACCAUCAUGAACUAUAUUACAGCAGCAGUUGCUUUUCUUUAUUUGAGCAAGAAAGUAUUACAGCCCAAAACCAGAGCUAUCCAUAACCUGAAGAAAUUAUUUAUUGCAUUUGGCUUUACACUGUUAAGUUGGGUCUGCACACUGGCAGUCCUUAUAGUGGCAGUGUUCAUCUCUGUCAUUGGACGGUCUCUUUCGUGGUACACCCAUUUCUAUGUUUCUGUGUUUCUGUAUGGCACUGCAGCUGCAGCUAUGCUCAUUCUUGUACAUACGCUAGCCAAGAAGUUCUUCUACAAGAAUAUGAAUGAGCAGUACCUGGGAGAUACUUUUUUUGAUGCAUCAUUGAUGAUUUGGUCUAUAGCAUUAGCUGUGAUUACUCAGAUGGGCUUUUUUUCAGCAUUCAUUUGUACAUUAUGGGUAGCAUUUCCUUUACUUGCUAAGCUGAUGAUCCAUAAAGAAUUCAGCCAAGAAGGUGCCACAAUGAAGUUUGUCAUGAUGUACAUGCUGGGAAUGUUUGUUCCCUAUCUGUAUACGAUAUAUCUUAGUUGGACUGUGUUUGAAAUGUUUACGCCUGUCAUGGGACGAAGUGGUUCAGAAGUUCAACCAGAUCUGGUGUUGGCAGGACUUAUUGUUGUAGUCACUGUGAUUCUGUCAUCCUAUUUUAUUAACUUCAUUUACCUUGUCAAGAGUACAAAAACGACGCUAAUAGCUUUAACUACUGUGUUUGUAGUCACUCUGAUUCUUGUUUGUAGUGGAAUCUUCUUUCCUUACAGUUCUGAUGCGGCUAAUCCAAGGCCUAAGCGAGUCUUUCUCCAGCAUACAAGUAGAAGAUUUCAUGAUCUAGAUGGAAAUGUGGUUAAAAGUGACUCUGGUAUAUGGAUUAAUGGAUUUGAUUAUACUGGAAUGUCUCACAUAACUCCCCAUGUACCUGAAAUCAAUGACACCAUUAGAACUCCAUGUGAGGAGCAGGCUCCUUUCUGUGGCCUUCCUUGGAUUCUGCCAGUGCAUUUGAUGUUCUGGAAAACCUGGUAUCUUCCUGCUCAAGAAUUUUUUCCAAGAAGCCCUAUCCACUUUAAAGUUCUGUCCAAGGAGCUGAUGCCCUGGAACUCUGUGAGAUUAAGCUUUGAAGUGUCUGGUCCAAGUCACAUGUCUGUGUAUAUUCGGCCACAUGAAGGGUCGGCUCUGUCUGCCUGGUCUCUUGGGGAUGGUAUGCCCAUUGCUACUGUAGGAGGAGACUACUUUGUGUUUUAUUCCCGUGGGCUGCAGGCUGCACCAUGGCACUUCUGGGUAGAACUGACGGCCCCAGAAAAACAUUCUGAUGGAAUAGUCUCCCUUGCCAUAGCAGCACAUUACCUUUUUGGGGAAGAUCAACAGUCACCUCAACUCCAUGCAUUACUGGAGAGAUUUCCAAACUGGACGUUUUCUUUUGGUUGGUCCUCCACUUACGACCUUUUUGUCUUUUAAUGUUGACAGUAAUGCAGUGCUCAUAGGGUAAUCUCUCUGACAUAGCAUGCUGUUGUAGGUUCUAACAAGAUGUCAUAGACUUUCACAAGAAUUUACAGUACUUUGGCAUCAAAGAGUGUUUCUUUGGCAGUCUGACU